CCGAUGUAUUGAAAACGCAUCGACGGCAGGACAGAAUGAGGCGCGGCGCGAUUGUAACGAGGUGCUUGCUGGCGCCGCGAUCUGCCACAUGCAGUGAGCGCUUGCUCAGUGUCUUUGCGGCACCCACCCGAGAAAUGCGUCCCAUGACGCAGCGACUGGUGGAAGGCGUGCUGCAGGGAAAUCGCACUGCACUCAGCAGGUCCAUCACGUUGGGUACGAGCGGUCUCCUUGAAGUUUGCACUGGGAUAUCUCUAACAACAAAACUGGUCGACGUGAUGUAAACGAAUGAUUCCCAGUCGAGUCGACGCUCAAGAGCGACGAGGAGCAGGCGGAACUGCUGCUGGACAGCGUACUCACCCAGCGCAGAUCUCUGAGGCCCGCACAUGUUGACCCACCGGAGUUGACAUCCUUCCGGCUUGGUAUCGCUGGACCACCAGGUGCGGGAAAAUCCACGUUUAUCGAGACACUAGGUCUAUUCCUUACGGCGCAGGGCCACAAGGUGGCGGUGCUUGCUAUCGAUACGCCUGCAGUUCACUCUUUGAUAAGUGGGAUUUGUGGGUUGAUCCAUCGUUUGCUUUGCCUUCAGAUCCCUCGUCAUCACGUUCGGGUGGUUCGAUUCUUGGCGACAAGACCCGCAUGGAAAAACUGUCUAAUGAUCCGAACGCGUUCGUUCGUCCAUCACCGUCACGUGGGACGUUGGGCGGUGUGGCACAGCAUACGAACGAAAUUGUUCUGCUUUGCGAGUCUGGCGGGUACGACAUCAUCCUCGUCGAGAGUGUUGGCUUAGGUCAGUCAGAGAUCGUAAUCGAUGACACAGUUGACAUGGUCAUGCUGCUGGUGUCCCCUGCCGGCGGUGAUGAUCUACAAGGUCAGAAGAAAGGUAUUGUGGAGAUCGCCGAUAUCGUCGUGGUAAACAAAGCAGACGGCGAUCUAAAAGGACCAGCGAAGCAUACUGCGGUGGACUACAUGCAUGCGAUGCACCUCAUGCGCAGGAAAGAUCCUGAUUGGGAGCCGAAAGUUAAGAUGAUUUCUGCUUUGGAGAAGAAGGGCAUCGAUAACGUGUGGGCGAUCAUUGAAGAAUACCGAAAGACCAUGGGAGAGCUUGACAAGAUCGCUCAGAAGCGCAAUGCGCAAAGCUCGAAGUGGAUGUGGAACCAGCUAAACGAGCAGCUCAUGCGAUCUGUGUCACGCAGUAUUACAGUGCGACACAAAGCUGAAAAGAUGAAGAAGGAUCUGGUUCACGGUUUCAUUAGCCCACGUUCAGCAGCAGCAACGGUGUUGGAACUAUUUCUCAAAUCCCAAAAAGAAGAACCCCAAGCGUGACGGCGAAAGGCAAAGGCUUAUUCAGGAAAAUCUAUCCGAGCGUGUACAUGUAAGUAGACAUCGAAGGGUAUCUUGUACUUCAUAUUUGCCCAUUGUGUUGGUGUCAAUUGAAACGGAAGAGUAUUCUCUCGUGUAUUUAUCGUAUUGAUGGUGUUUAUAAUUAUACAACUAGUGCAACAGGUAACUAAUUUCUGUCUGCCGUGCUUACUCAAGCGUUGUGUCCGCUUGUGCUUUAAUAGAUCGAUGAAGUAGAUGGGAUUUGCUCCGUUGAAAGCAUUGAUAGACCAAGCGACGAUGCUGUGGUGCUUCCGGCGGCAGUUGCGGUCACAGUCGCUAGCUUACGUGGUCUGCCUUGUCGUUUGGCUUUUUGACGUGGUGCUGAGAUUUGGUCUUGCUGCUGUAGCAUGGCAUAGCAUGAGAGGACCUGAAGAGCACACAAUUCUGCUUCAAUGAGGCUGGAUAACCGGUGGCGAAGAUUUGGAGAUGCCUUUGCUAGUAACUCCUCCUGCGACGGAAGGUACUCCGCACGUGCGGCAUCAAUUGUUCUCUUUUGAAGCUUAUACGGAUAUCUUGAAGGAGCCGAGCUCAUUCCGAGCUGAUCAUCAAAGCCUGUCACCGCUGUUCGCGAUCUCUUUUUGGUAGUUGUCGCUGUUUGAUUGUAAAGUCCGUUGACAGCAG